AUGGCUCCUAUCGAAUAUCUAUUGUUCGAAGAACCUACCGGAUACGGUAUCUUCAAGGUCAAGCUGCAACAGGAUGACAUCGGGUCGCGGUUGAAGGAAGUACAGAAACAGAUCAAUGACUUCGGGUCGUUCACGAAGUUGGUUGAGUUGGUGUCGUUUGCGCCUUUCAAGGGAGCAGCACACGCACUGGAGAAUGCCAACGAUAUCUCGGAGGGAUUGCUGUCAGAGCACCUAAAGGCGGUGCUUGACUUGAACUUGCCAAAGGGCUCUGCCAAGAAGUCUGUUGUGCUGGCGGUAUCGGACAAGAACCUGGGCCCUUCCAUCAAGGAGGAGUUUCCAUACGUGGACUGUAUCUCCAACGAGUUGGCGCAGGACUUGCUGCGCGGUGUGAGAUUGCACGGCGCCAAGUUGCUGAAGGAUCUGCAGGAGGGCGACCUUGAGCGUGCGCAGCUGGGGCUGGGUCACGCGUACUCGCGUGCUAAGGUGAAGUUCUCCGUGCAGAAGAACGACAACCACAUUAUCCAGGCGAUUGCGCUGCUAGACCAGCUGGACAAGGACAUCAACACCUUUGCGAUGAGAGUGAAGGAGUGGUACGGCUGGCACUUCCCUGAGUUGGCCAAGUUGGUGCCAGACAAUUACAAAUUUGCGAAGCUUGUCUUGUUCAUUAGAGACAAGGCGUCGCUGAAUGACGAGUCGCUGCAUGACCUGUCCGCAAUUCUUGGGGAGGACGCUGGAAUCGCUGAAAGGGUCAUCAGCAACGCCAGAAUCUCGAUGGGCCAGGACCUAUCGGAAGUUGACAUGGAGAACGUGUCCGUCUUUGCUGAGAGAGUGGUCAACCUGGUAGAAUACAGAAGACAACUGUACGAAUACCUCUGCGAGAAGAUGCACACUGUGGCUCCAAACUUGUCCGAGCUUAUCGGCGAGGUUAUUGGUGCCCGCUUGAUUUCCCAUGCCGGCUCCUUGACCAACCUGUCCAAGCAAGCUGCCUCGACUGUCCAGAUCCUUGGUGCCGAGAAGGCGCUGUUCAGGGCGUUGAAGACGAAGGGUAACACUCCUAAAUACGGUCUCAUCUACCACAGUGGGUUCAUCUCCAAGGCCAGUGCGAAGAACAAGGGUAGAAUAUCUAGAUACCUAGCGAACAAAUGUUCCAUGGCCUCUAGAAUUGACAACUACUCGGACGAUCCAACCAAUGUUUUCGGCCAGGUCUUGAAGAAGCAGGUCGAGCAAAGACUUGAGUUCUACGCUACAGGCUCUCCAACGUUGAAGAAUGAGAUUGCUAUCCAGGAAGCCAUUGCAUUAUUCAACAAGGACAAACCCCAGGAGGCCUCCGAGGCAGCCGAGGGCGCCACCAAGUCCAAGUCCAAGAAGAGAAAGCUAGACGAGUCGGAAGAGGAGGAGAAGAAGGACAGCAAGAAGGAGAAGAAGGAGAAGAAGGAGAAGAAGGAGAAGAAGGAGAAGGCUGAGAAGAAGGACAAGGCUGAGAAGGCUGAGAAGGCUGAGAAGGCUGAGAAGGCCGAGAAGGCCGAGAAGGCCGAGAAGGCCGAGAAGAAGGAGAAGAAGGAGAAGAAGGAGAAGACCGAGAAGAAGGAGAAGAAGGAGAAGAAGGAGAAGAAAGAGAAGAAAGAGAAGAAGGAUAAGAAGAAGGAUUAA